CACGCUCACUUAGUUUGUACAUGAACUCCCAGGAGUGUGUUUGUGCACCCCGUUCGGUUCUGUCAAGAAUCAACUCUGUCGUUCCCAUGAUUUGAGCCCGCUCCCGUCCAGUCCCAGCAUCACCAUGUCCACCGGAUCUCUCAGCGACGUCGACGACGAGCUCUUGGACGGCAUUCUCAAGUUCGGCUCCUCCGGUAAGGACUCCAAUGAGAGCACGGAAGAGAGCUCCAACUGCGAGGGCAGCUUUGUUACCGAGGGCAGGAGGAGAGAGGCUUCUGGCAAGAAGCGCAAGAGCUCGUCACGCAAAAGUGCGCCCAAAGGUGUGGCGCAGCAGGAGGGCAAACAGGUGCAGAGGAACGCAGCCAACGCGCGCGAGAGAGCCAGGAUGCGCGUGCUGUCCAAGGCGUUCUCGCGACUGAAGACCUCCUUACCGUGGGUACCGCCGGACACCAAGCUCUCCAAGUUGGACACGCUGCGCCUGGCGUCCAGCUACAUCGCGCAUCUCCGGCAGAUUCUGGCUAACGACAAGUAUGAAAACGGAUAUACGCACCCAGUUAAUCUGACGUGGCCCUUCAUGGUCGCAGGGAAACCGGAGACUGAUCUGAAGGAGAUGCUGAACGGGACGCGGUUGUGCGGAACAACCGCGUCCUGAUGCGAUGAAGUGGGAGAAGCUAUUUUUUUCCUCUCUCGCUGUCUCUCUUUCAAAAGACAGAAAAACAUUCAAGUUUGACCAAAAUACAGUCUCAUCUCCGCAGGCUGUGAGUGGGAAUAAUAGAGAGAGCGCAUCCUCUCUCUCUCUCUCUCUCGACGUUCCCGUAUUUGAAAAGAUCAAUUUAUUUAAGUAGAUUCCUUCACCUGCUAUCUUUGCUGGUUCAAAGAUAAUCUUUUUAUACUUUUUUGUACUUUGUCAUAAUCUGCAGGUGGUUUUUUUCCUGUUUUAAUUUUCUGUACAGAUUGCAUGUAUAUAAAAUAUUUUCUCCA